UCGCCGUGUCGUGUCGACGCGCACGGCGUUGAACUCGCGCUAGAGCGCACAGUCCCACGCGGAUCUUCGCGCGUGUCCGCUACCGUUAAGUGUCAUCGCGAAUAUUUUUAUUCGGUUUCCGCGCGACGUAUUUCUCUAUUUCUGUUGUUAAACGACGACGACGACGACGACAACUUCGAAUCACCGGUGUCGCGGCCGCGAGCGCGUUUGUGUCCCCGUACUUACGUACGUGUACACGCUGUCGCGCGUGUGCGAGCGAAACGAGCCGUCAACGGGAAAGGAAAAAGGACGAUAAAUACGACAGAGGAAGAGAAAGAGAAAACAACAUGCUCGUGGCCAUUUUAACUGCGCCGUACGCUAACCCGGGCCACCCAGUGUGUAGAAUACGAGAGCCAGAGAACUGCCGCCGCCGCCGCCGCCGCUCUCUCCUUAGGCUUAAACUGCGUCUCUCGCGUGCGCGCUUUGCUUCUGCGCACGCGAAGCGGUACAUGUUUUCUCACUUACACAGGCUCGCGCGAGAACCUCGCGACGCUCGCGUAUUACGCACACUUUCUCGUAUCCAACCGAGUUGUUUGUCGCGCUCGGGACGUCUUUCGUCACGAUCCAAAGCCGAGUCGGAGAAAAUUGACAGCGAUACUGAGACGCACGAGGAUCGCGUUAUACAACGACGACACGAUGUUGUAUCCCGGACCGUUGAACGUUUUGUUGUUUCGCAACGGGAAACGCGGCAGUCGGAGUGGUGAGAAAUCGGGAACACACCGUAGGAACGGACUGUAUCACGGAAACAGUGGCGAGGAAUUCCCCGUGGGAACGAGCGCGACGUUGAUAACAAAGAGGCGACUAAUCGGAAUUGGAGAGCGAGGAAAUUUGUUCAGCCGGUAGCAGCGGGCUUGACAGCGACCGGGGUUACUCUACGAUAACCCGCACGGAAGAAUCGGGACGCGAUGGAAUAAUUGCCAGCGAGUAAAGGCGACGAGAAAAUAAACGGCAGCGGAGGUGAGGAAUCGUUGUAAACAGACUGACGGAGCGGCAAGCGGUUCACGAGGGAUGAAGUAUCGGACGGUGUUGGUGGUAACGUUUCGCGAACCGGAACAGCGUGGCGCAACAACAAUGGCAAACAGCGAAAGGACCGAAAACGUAAGUCGUACGUAUGGAAAGAGGUUGAAGGCGUGUGAAGUGGGGAUAAGGAAAGUUCGACGUCCGAGGGCAGCGGCGGGACACAGAGAGAAAGAAAAGUUAUCGUGCGCGCGACGUAGGUACGAAUGAAGAGAACCGCGUGACUCGGAAUCUGCGCAGUAAAUCGCGUUCACGUGAAACGCGGCCCCGAAGUCGCGCCGCGGAAUUUCGCGGCGGCCCGAGAACAACCAACCAGCCAGCCAGCAAACCAUUCGUCACGAGGAGGAGGAAAGCUUUGAAACUUGAUCGUGUAUCGCGAAUAUAACUGGCCGACCCGUUUCGCUCUUUUUUACUCUCGUCUUUAACCGUUCUUGCCAUUCUGUUUUCUAAUCCGAUCGCUUCUCGUUCGAUGGCUCACUCUCCGGUCCGCGUUUUAGCCUUCGUUUCGUCGGCCGAAGCCCCUUCUGGGAAAGACGUGGGCGACAUGGUGGCUUACGUAAUGCCACGAGCGAUAAGACGGAUAACGCCGCCGCGCGCGCGGCGGUUUCGAGCCUGCCACCGAUGCGGCGCCUCUAUUUUCAAACGCACGACUCACUGCUUGCCGCCUAACCGUCCGCGACGUAACACACCCGAAAAUCUAUCCAGACCGAUAAAAAUAUAACGAGGUGACAGACUCUUCCUAUCGCGUUCGUCGUGAAAACAUGUGCCCGUUAUGGACUUACACGAACCGUUUAAAGAUGAUGUUUUCGGUCGAUCAACAAAUUACGGAACAGAAUCCGACCACGAUCACUGUUGCCUUUGUGUGCUUUGUAAUCGAGAAGAAGCUUUUGCGACGUUCGAAAUUCUAUCCACGCGUGGAGGGCGCGUGGCACCGCCUACGGACCGUCUUCUCGAAUCGCUGCCUUCCGAUCGAUCGCCGAUGUUCGCCAAGGUGAAACGACUCGAGUGGCGAGAGUUCUUUCUCCUACCAGUGACCUAUUCGUCGACACGGGCCAACGAUAUUAUAGGAUGUGACAAUAAACUUUAUUAAGAAACGUGAUUCUGUUCGCGUAUUUCGUUCAUCGGUUCGAUUCUAAUCCGUACCGAUUCGUCGUCCUUCUGAAUAAAACUAGGAGAACGCCAUCAAAUAGCCACGUGGUGCCGGUUGACGUCCGAAAUCUGCACGGGCGCGGACCGUGAUAACGCAUAGAAGAGGAGCGGCGUUAGUCACCGGCCGACUAUGCGAUAGCCAGUACGAUAUUAAAAUCGUGCAACGUUUUGCAAUUCACGCCCGAGCUCCAACGGGACGUUCCGCUUCUCACGUGGCCUGUUAUAUAUAGUAGAAAUCCACCGCUUUGACUCUUGCUGCUCUACUGAGAUUCCCGUCAUACGUUUGUAUGUAUAUCUCGGACACCCGACGUGUCCAUCGUUUUUAUCUGAAUUGGAGAUUCACUAUACGACAGCCGCUUCUCUCUCCGUGACUCGCGUGUGUCGCGUCAAAGGAGGAUCGAUGGAAUCCAUCAAUACGCGUUGAAAAUUCUUUUCCGCGGUGAACAGCACCGACGAUCGGCGGAUAAAAAAAAGACUUCGGCUGCUGAAGAGUGGCUACGAUCCCGUGGUGGGGGACCUCACUCCGCAUGGUGGACGCGCAAGAUGGCGGUCCGGGUUACAACAGAGGACACGUGAAGUUCGCGUUGCCUCGUCGAAAAACGCUCGCAACAAUGACACGUGGUUCGUUUAAACGAUUCUCGUUCGAUCGUCGUCUCGCGUUCCUCGCGAUCGAUCGCCGAACCGACGCAGCUUCUUCGCCGGACAGUUUCGUCUUUACUCGGAAUGCCCCCGUUCCUGUCGACGGCUUGUGUCAUUCAGAAUAUGGAACGAACUCGCAACGGGACAGAGAAUUGGGAUGAUAUUGGUGGAGGUAUUUCGCACUGCCGCUAACAAUAAUACAAAACUUGAUGUCGACGAGCUAAUGAUGCAGCAAAUCGUCGAAGAUCCUGACACACAAGUUCGGUUGGAUCUGAUAGAGCAACUACCACAUGUGGCGACGAUAUGCCACGAAUCACCGCACCUAUUCGGAGACCUUCACGAUCAUCUGCUCGACAUCAUUAUCAAAUACCUGCGGGACGAAGAUAAUCAGGUACAAAUGACGGCUCAGACAGCGGUGCUGACGCUAACGAAGAAGGGACUCCUCGACAACCAGACGAUCGAGCACAAACUCUGUCCCGUGAUAGAAACCCUCUGUAGGUCCGUCGAUUUCUUUAACACUGCCAUCUCCCUCAUGAGCAAGAUGGCCCCGCUAAUUGGCAAAGAGCUGACAGAAAAGAUUUUUCUGGACAGAUACAUUGCCUUCUGCGAAGACAAGAACUUCUACGUACGAAAGAUCUGCGUUUCGCACUUCGGAGAGUUCUGUGCCGCCGUCGGGAGGAAGGCAGUUUUUCGAAAGCUGUUCCCGGUAUUCGUCGAUUUGUGCUGCGACGAAAUAUGGGGUAUCCGAAAGGCCUGCGUGGACGUCAUGAUGCCAGUUGCAUGCUGCAUGACACUACAGCAUCGCCGAUUACUAUUAGCGGAGCUUUUGGCCACGCAUCUUAACGACUGCUCGAAAUGGGUGCGAAUGGCCGCCUUUCAAAUUUUAGGACCAUUUAUAUCUACGUUCGCGAAACAAUUCACCGAAGUAACUUAUAAUCAGCAAGGCGAGCUAGUGUUUACCAGCCAACAGGAUUCUCGUUUCAGCGUAAGGUAUUCGUACGAAGGAAUAUUUCCCACGAAAUGCGCGAUACGAAGUCAUACGCUGGACGCGGAGGAACAUAAUUCUAAGGAUAACUUCAAUUCGUCUGUGAUAAUACCAAAACCAAUCUUCGAGGAAGACGAUGACGACGACGAAUCCCAAGAAGAUCAUAUCUCUACGAUGAGAGCUUAUAAAUCGAAGAUACAAAGGCAGCAUUUGAAGAACAACGAUAAGAAUAAUCAAACGACGGACGACACAGAAAUCUACAAUCCAUUCUUAUAUUACUACAUAGCGCCAGAACUUCCACCGGACGACGAACUCGUCAAAGCUGCAAAAAGGUCCGCCGCCUUGAACGACGUGGACCGAAAACCGGUGACCAGCAUUACCGCGUCCAGUAAGGCGUCGCUGUUAGACGAGGAGGCGUUCAAAAUGCAGGACAAGUAUCUGGCGGACGAAUUUGAAUUAAUGAAUUCGAGCAAUCAAGAAAUCGUACCGCAGCAUUUAAUCGACUCGUUCUUGUCGAUGGCCGAACCGGACCAGUGUUCGGACACCGGCACUGACAUUCCUCACCACUGCGCGUUUAGUUUUCCCGCGGUCGUGCUCACGCUCGGCAGAGAGAACUGGCCGUACUUGAAACAAGCCUAUCAAUCUUUGGCAAGCGCCAACCCGUGGAAAGUGCGGCGCACAUUGGCCUCCAGUAUCCACGAAAUCGCUAUUAUCCUUGGGGAGGAACUCACUGCCACGGAUCUCGUUCCAAUCUAUGAUGGGUUUAUCAAAGAUCUGGACGAGGUCAGGAUAGGUGUUCUCAAGCAUUUAGCAACGUUUCUGAAAAUACUCAAGCCUGCCGAUCGACGCCAGUACCUACCAAGACUGAAGGAAUUUCUAACUACUGACAACGAGUCUAAUUGGAGGUUCCGCGAAGAACUGGCUACACAAUUACUGGAAAUCGUGAAUCUGUUCGGUCCUGCGGACGUAGAACGACAUAUCGUGCCCUUAUCAUUAGAGUUACUGGGUGAUAAAGUUGCCGCUGUGCGGCAUGUUGCACUUUCUUUGGUAACUCAAAUAGUAGCUCAUCUAUCCGACAACGAACGGCUCGUUACGGCGCUAUUUCAAGAACUCAAAUUCUCCCUUGGCGUGUACGCGAAGAAAUGGAUUAGACGGCAAACAUUCGCUUUCGUUUGCGCCAAACUGAUAUCCAACAACGCUAUCAGCGGUGAUAGGUUCUCACAGGAAAUGUUACCCAAUUUAUUGAAAUUAUCCUUGGACAAGGUGCCGAACGUGAGACUGGCUGUAGCGAGAACUUUGUCCAGGAACGUUGUUCCUAUGGGACCAGAAUGGCUGGGAGUAGAACAGACAGAGGAAGUCGAGAGAAGGCUGAGGGAGAUGAGAUCGGACCCGGAUAGAGACGUUCGAGUUCUAGCUGGUGGCGAGGAGAACCCUGUAUUAGAUAUACUGUCCCAAACGAAAAGUGAACAGUCGAGGAACAUAAUGUUUUAACGAAUUCAAUCUAUACGAGAAUCAAGCUCUAAUUACUUCCUGCCAUACGAAUCAAUUUUAUACCUUACUGCCAGGGGACAGCGGAAGGAAGGAAAAGGAUACCGCGGGAGUGUUCUUCCAUGUGUGAAUUAUAUCUGUAAAUUAAUAAAGAAAAUUAAAUUGAACUGAGGAAGACAAUUUUUCUAUGCCGAGUAUGGAUGAACGAGGCGCAAGGAUUUCUUCAAGGAAUGAUAAUACCUAUGAUGUAAAAAUAAACUCAUACUUUACGGGGCAAAUAAUAAAAAAUAAACGAAACGUGUAACAUUUAGUGCAGCCAGGAUAGAGGAAGUGCAACCUAGCGUUGUCGUUACAACCAAGGGACCGAUGAUAUCCGCGCCCUUUUAGAAUAAGACAGAUUAUAAGUAUAUCAAUGGGUAAAAAGACAUUACGCAAUUGUUUAAGAGUGUGUGUGUGCGUGUUUAAAAAAGAAGUUCGAAUCGUGUGCGUGCAUGGUUUAGUACUCGCGAAUAUGUAUGCGUUAUACUAUUGUGAUCAAUUUGUAUUUGUAAGUGGUCCCUUGGGCCAACCGGAUAUUACUAACUGGAGAUAUCGCAUCGACGAGAUCUCUUCUUAUCAUGUCAUAGCACGUUCUCUUUCGAACAUGAUGAUAGUCUAUCAUUUUCUGUUAAGUAUUACAACGGCGAGUUUUCGUCUUUUAAUCGUUUUAACAUAUAUUUUCGGAAUCAUUCUCACUUGCGAACAAAGUUUGUCUUUCAUCGUAUAAUUUUAUUCAAGUUUUUGUGCUACGAUCCCGUGAAUUUUGUGUAUGUAUUGUAUCGUAUGUACAAGUACAUCGAUCAAAUGCAACGUGAGAACUUUGCGACUGACAAAAAUAAGAAAAAUGAAAUAAAAAAGAAAGGGAAAGAAGGACUCGCAUCGCUCGAUUAAGAUUUAACUGUGGAUCGUGCGGUGUCACUGUGAUUUUCGUCUACGCGCAACCACGCAUGACGAAUCUGUACCGUUUCAUUGUAGUUCGUGAAAACGUGAUUAUUAUUCGGCUACAGUUAAACUUCCUGUAAGCAACGAAAGAUCGUUACUUGUGAAUACGUAUGAAGGAAAAACGAAGUUUUGUUUAAAAUAUUCUAUAUAAUAUAUUGUGCAUUUGGUAAUGAGACGAAAAAAAAUAUACAUCAAGCGAUUUGUUACACAACA